AGGACACGUAUCAGCAUGAGUUGCGGCUGCGCGCCAAGUGGCUUAUGCGAAUCGCUAGUCAUACUGCUGAUAUCCUUCGUAGUACUUAGCAUAAUUCCAAUGUUUCCGCACUGUGCUCAGUCUGAUUGUUCGGGGAAUGAAUAUCGAUGGACAGUGUGUUCGAAUUUGCGCGGAACGUAGGAGAGGCUCACGAGCAGGUGGUUUCCAUAACGUUGUUUGUGGCGAUUCUCUGCUUCUGUUUGGUGAUCGGACACUUGCUCGAGGAAAAUCGAUGGGUUAACGAAUCAAUUACGGCGCUUAUAAUCGGAUGUGUUUGCGGAACUGUAAUACUCUUUAUAAGGAAGGGGAAGAGUUCGCACAUAUUGAGAUUCGACGAAGAUAUCUUCUUCAUUUAUCUACUGCCGCCAAUCAUUUUUAAUGCUGGAUUCCAGGUCAAGAAGAAACAAUUCUUCCAUAACUUCUUGACCAUUGUGUUGUUUGGAGUAAUUGGAGUUUUUAUAUCGACUUAUGUGAUUACGACAGGCAGUUCGUUGAUGUUCCCCAUUUUCAGUUUUAAUGGCUUGACUCCUCGCGAUUUUCUUGCUAUUGGGGCCAUAUUUUCAUCAACAGACACAGUCUGCACUCUGCAGGUUCUGCAUCAAGAGGAAACUCCCUUGCUAUACAGCUUAGUUUUUGGGGAAGGGGUGGUAAAUGAUGCCACAUCAGUCGUUCUGUUCAAUGCAGUUCAAAAGUUGGAUGUCAAUAGAAUAAAAGGAUGGACAGCAGUCAAAGUUAUUGGUGAUUUCCUAUAUUUGUUCUCCACGAGCACUGCUUUAGGUGUUGGGGCUGGGCUUCUAACUGCAUUUGUUCUCAAGGGCUUGUACUUUGGCAGACAUUCAAGCGUUCGUGAGAUUGCUCUAAUGGUUCUUAUGGCUUAUCUUUCCUACAUGCUGGCUGAGCUGUUCGAACUAAGCGGGAUUCUUACAGUCUUCUUUUCUGGUAUUUUCAUGUCACAUUAUGCUUGGCACAAUGUGACUGACAGUUCAAGAAUCACCACCCGGCAUAUAUUUGCAAUGAUGUCCUUCAUUGCAGAAACCUUUAUAUUUUUGUAUGUGGGAAUGGACGUCUUGGAUAUUGGAAAAUGGAAAAUGAGCAAGCUCAAUGCCUGGGACUCGAUUGGUGUAUACAGCAGUGUUAUGUUCUUGAUAUUACUCGGACGUGCUGCUUUUGUAUUUCCUCUCUCAGCCUUGUCAAAUUGCAUGAACCGAAGGACUUCAAGAAGGUCAAAAAUAACAUUUAAGCACCAGGUUAUAAUCUGGUGGGCGGGGCUGAUGAGAGGUGCAGUGUCCAUCGCUUUGGCAUUCAAACAGUUCACUAGUUACGGUGUGCCAUUAGAUCCGGUCAAUGCUACAAUGGUAACAGCAACAGUUAUCGUCGUGCUAUUCAGCACAAUAGUCUUCGGCUUUCUAACAAAGCCCCUGGUAAGAUAUCUCAUCCCCCACUGUACUAGCAGCAACAUCGACCGCGAAGCGAGCAUUGCCAAGGAGAAUAUGACCCUUCCUCUGCUCUCCUUCUCGGAAUCGGCUGAAACAAACCUUCUCCGAGCAAAAGAUAGCCUGUCGAUGCUAAUGGAAAGACCCGUCUACACGAUACAUUCCUUUUGGCGCAGAUUCGACGACGCCUACAUGCGGCCGAUCUUCGGAGGCCCCCAAAGUGACCAAUCACCAUCAUGAGGAAUGAAGUGGUAAGUACCAAAGUGAUCGUUAGAACUCAAGUGUUUCAUGCUGAAAUAUAAUUUUCUGUCGACCAAAAAUGGGGUUGUUCUUAUGGUUCAAAAAUGAGUUUAUAAAGAUUUUAACAACGAUAUAAAGCUAUGGAAAGUGACAUGGAGAUAUCGAAUAGUCA